ACCUGUGGUCUGAUUUAGGAACUUGAGGAACACAGACAAAGAAAGAGAUGGGUGAUGAAGAAGCAAAAGCUGAGCUUGAGAUCUGGAGGUAUGUUUUUGGGUUCUCCGACCUUGCCGUCGUGAAGUGUGCGAUAGAGCUAGGCAUAGCUGAUGCAAUUGACGCCAAUGGGCAUCCGAUGACGCUUGCAGAGCUAUCGGCUACGCUCGGUUGCCAACCGUCCCCCCUCCACCGUAUAAUGCGGUUCUUGGUACAACGCCGUGUGUUUGGAGAGAAGCAGGAUGAGACGGGCCAUGCUGGCUAUGUCCUCACGCCAAUCUCACGCCGACUAUUGAAGCAUGGAGACCAAAGCAAGGCAGCUUUUGUGCUCUUUGAAAAUGAUGCAGCCAUGCUCCAGCCAUGGCACGCGUUCAGUGCCCGUGCUCGAGGCGAUCAGCGGCUGGCUUUCGAGGUGGCUCAUGGGGAGGAGGUGUGGUCCUACAUGGAUGGACAUUCCCGUCAAAGGGAACUCAUUGACAAUGCAAUGGCUUGUGAUGCACGGGCGGUGGUGCCCACCAUCGUGGACAGUUGGCCGGGGAUUUUCCAAGGGGUGGAGACGGUGGUGGAUGUGGGAGGAGGUAAUGGGACCGCAAUGCGUACGUUAGUGGAGGUAUGUCCUUGGAUAAAGGCCACCAAUUUCGACCUUCCACAGGUUGUAGGGGGUGCACCCGAGUGCAAUGGUGUUGUGCACGUUGGAGGUGAUAUGUUCGUUGCUAUACCUAAAGCAGAUGUUGUCUUUCUCAAGUGGGUCCUACACGACUGGGGUGAUGAGGAAUGCAUCGAGAUCUUGAAGAAAUGCAAAGAGGCCAUUCCUGAGGACAAAGGCAAGGUGAUCAUAGUAGAGGCUGUGAUCACAGAAGAUGUCGAAGAGGUGGGCCUGAGGGACAUAAGAUUAAUGCUGGACAUGGUGAUGAUGGCCCACACUAAGGGUAAGGAGAGGACUGAAGCUGAAUGGAAGAACAUUGUCAUCAGUGCCGGAUUCAAUCAAUACACUAUAAAGCCCAUUCCUGCAUUACAAUCUGUAAUCGAAGCUAUUCCUUAAUCACGUUGUUGACGAUGGCCCACGAACUCUGCUUUUGAUUUGUGUGGUUCCUAAUAAACAAUAAUCUCGUUUUAUGUGUA